AUUGGCACUUCUAAUUUCGGCUUUCACCAGAUGUGGCUUGGUGUUCUUGUCUGCACCCUCUACAUCCUCUCCAUGGUGGGGAGCUGCAUCAUUCUCUGCAUCUUAAGAGUAGACCGACAUCUCCAUCAACCUAUGUACUUCUUCCUUUGCAUGAUGUCCCUCAACAACCUUGAGGUCUCACUCUCCACGCUGCUUGCCGUGCUGACCACCUUCUGCUUUGACUGCCGAGGAGCUGGCUGCAGCACCUGUUCAGCCCAGAUGUUUUUCAUCCACUGCCUCUCCUUAACGUGGGGCUGCUGCUGGCCAUAUCCUUCCAAUGGUGUCAUUGCCAUCCGUACCCCACUGCACUACACGUCCGCCCGCACAGGCACCAGGAUCCUGGGCAUCGGGCUGGCUGCUGCAGUGAGAGGCUUUGGUGUGCUGUCGCCCUUAGCUUUUCUUCUUAGGCACCUGCCUUUCUGCCGUGACAAAGUCCUCUCUCAUCCCUACUGUUUGCACCCAGACAUAAUGAAGCUGGCAUGUGCAGACAUUUCUCUCCAUAUUUUGUAUGGUCUGUGUGCUGUUAUCGUAGUCUUUGGAAUAGACUCGUUGCUGCUGUCAUCCUCUAUGUUACGAUUUGGACGACCACCAUCAGUGCCACAUCUCAAGGGCAGCAUCUCAAAGCCCUGUGUCUCCUAUGUCUCUGCUGUUCCAAGACCCUGCGUCCCAACGGUGGCUGUCUCCACCGUACACUGCUUUGGGGAGGACCUUCCGCUUCUUCUGAUGUCCAGUAUUUGUCUCUCUGUGCCUCCUGUUCUCAACUCUCUCGUUUACAGUGUGAACAACAAAGAUAUUUGA